AAAACCUUCACCUCGCACAUAUUCCACAUCGACACUGAUCACUGCCAGAUAAUUUUCUUAUGCCCAAAACCGGGUAUUACGCUGAAAACAUGGAUGUAAUGGGAGUCGACGAGGAACGAGAGGUCGAUGAACUAUUGGAAGAUAGGACAGAAAUAAUCACAGAUAACCCGGAGCUGAUGGCAAAACUUCGCGAGGCCUGGCAAAUGAUAUGGCCGCUGCAUGUCAUCGUGGAUUGGGUUGAAAAACAGCCUCCGUGUGCAGCGUGCGUGUCACAAUCACGCAAUUGCUACCCUUCAUCGCAAAAGGGUUCGUUGCGUUGUAUGCCAUGUGCACGUUCAAGGGCCAAACCAUGUCCACGAAAACGCCAAUUUCAAAUUGAAAAGUCGGCUGAAGUGCUUCAGCUGACGGUUGAACAGAUCGAGGGGCUCGUGCAGCAGGUGGACGCCUCUCCUUUAAAACUACCAGUUUCCGGCAAGCUAUGGAGGAGUACCACCGAAAAAAACCUUCGUCGUAUAGCACGCAAGUCCAUGCCUGGACAUGCGCGAGCCAAGAAUAAUCAAGAAUCAGGUCCCUCGCAAACCAUUUCUGCCCCUGCCCCGAACCUCGAACCUCUAUCCCCGGCCCACCCUUCUACCGUUCAAAAUCCACCGCAAUUACCCCAAAACGCGCCUACCGGCUUGACGAUCAAACUUCCACUUUCUACCAGCCGAGGUGCAUAUGAAAAAAGAACCCACCUGGUGGAGCCCAAUCCAACACCUGAAACUCCUAUUCACUAUUCGCCUGUCAUUCCCCAAGGCUCUCACGCUACCAUACAGGAUGUAUUAUACGAAGAGGCACCUAGUAUUCUAUCGUCACCACCUACCUCCGUAGCAGAGUGCCUUCCAUCACUUGAUGUGAAUAACUCACCCGUCAGAGAGGUUCAGCCUCAACCACCGGUGUUUCCAGAUGUUAAUCCAGCACCCACAGCCAUUACACUUGCUGGAAUCGAUGAUGGAAUCGAAGAGGAAUUCGAUGAGAUUCCAGUUGUUUUCGCAAGCGAAUUGGAUCACGCUGAAGAUGAGAUUGCACGACUCAAGUCCGCCUUGGAAGCACAGGAGAAGGAGGUUGCAAGGCUCCAACGUAACCUCAAACGACGAGACGAGCAACUCGAGGACAUCCGCGAAGAACUUGACGAAGUUAUUCAUCUCCCUACUCCUCGCGCAACGCCGGCCUCAGAACAUGAAAAUAGUAUGCGAAAGUACACCGCCUGUCAGUAUGUCGCACGGGCUCUGAGAGCCCUGCGCGUAGAUGCUGAGACGGAGGAGGAACGAGAGGCUCUAUUAUUAAAGGCAGAGCGCCACCUUGGCAGACUUGCUAAUGUGGAAAUGGAUGGCAUAUGGGAUCCUAAGGCCGAUGCAGACGCGCUCUUCAUGGGUCUUGUCAAUGGGUCUUCCGCGAGAGCUGCGAGGCACGCGCAAAGAGGAGCGGCCAAUCCUAGUUCAGCCAAGAUUUCUGUGUCUGCAUCCGCGAUUCCCCAGCAACGCCCGUCUAAACGGAGACGACAAGGAGACUCGGAUUAGGUAUGAUAUUGUUAAUAUCAAUGCAAGGGCAAACACCCAGACCAUGUUUUGACGCGUGUACGAUGUUGUACGAUUGCGCACGCAUAAUAUAUGCAUGUAAUAGCAGAUAUCUAGCUCGAGUGUUGUACGAAAGUGUUGUUCAGGUGGCACGGUUUACUACGGCAGAGGUGCAUUGUUGUGUUACUGAUGGUUGUAACUUGGAACCUUGACAUUAAGGCAAUAUUGACGUAGAUUAUAUUUUAGAGCAUCAGGCUUGCUAACGUCGCAUCUUGCUCUUAGUCCAGCGUGCUUCCGGU